AUGGCCUCGUUCCCUUCUCCGGACAUUGACGAGAAGUUGGCCCUUCUACACAGAGAAAUGGCUUCGCUCCGAGUCGAAUGUGACCGCCUUCUCAAUAAACAUCUCAUCGUGGAACAAACGCUUUCGCAGGUAAACAAUCUCUCCGAGUUGCCUCGCAUUUCUGUUGUUUAUCACGGCGUUCCAUCAGAUUUAUAUCUGAGAAUCAGUAAAAGUUACGGCUUGUUGAAAAAAUAAGUCCAUAAUGAAAGCCUUCUUCUGUUAUUAGUGAAACUACUUUUCGCUUCCAGAGCUGUUCUGGCUGGCCGAACGGUGCUGCAGAUACUUCCUCCGCGUACAACACGGGCGGAGAAUCCUGCAGAAGUGUUUCAGUCACUCCGGACGGCAUUUUCCUUCCAACCACGAGGUACCGCCCGUUCCAACUUUUACAAAACAUUUCAACUUUUCAGCAACAGUCAAAUGGUGCAGUCCCAGCAGUCGCCUCGGGUCCUCCGUCGGACAGUCAAGCUGCCGAGCCCAGCAGUACAACGCCGCCCUGUUCCCCAGAAUCUGCCUCCUUCCCGACCUCCCACCAUCGUGCUCCUUCCUCAUGAAUCCCCUGAACAUCAGAACCGUCCAUUCCAUCGGACACAUCAAGAACUGACUGUACCCGAGGACAUUGCGUCCGUAGUUUCCUCCGCCACACAAAGAUCCGUCAUUCGAGCACCGUCUGCAGUAUUUGGGGCUCUCAAGGGAAGCAGUCUAAGAAAGUUGUCGAUUUCGAGGAACUUUCAAUCGACGAGCAAAAUGAAGAAUAACGAGGAAGAGAGAGAAAAGAAGGAGAAGGAGGCAGAAGAAUACGCGAAAAGAUUCCGAAUUCCGUCCUACUCGAUUGUUCUGAAAGAAGAAAAGAAGAAGAGUUCGUUCAGGAUUCCAGUUCCUCAGUACUUCCGAUCAUUGAAGAGCAAAUCGGCGAAGAUGUACCAAGUGGACACGCAAGGGGAGGAAAUCGAAGAAGUGGUGGACGAAGAGAAGAUGGCUGCGAAGACUGAUUUGGGUGACACGACAGUGCAUUACAAGUGGAAAGUGAAAAGAAGAUGCGAUGGUUCUCGGUACAUUGUGAAACGGCCGAUUCGAAGUCAAAUUCUGAAGAAGAGGGAAGCUCAGUUGUACAGAGAAAGAGCGCCAAUUUCGACGGAUGAUGAUGCGAUGAGCGAGUUGAAAGUAAGAAAGUUCGGAAAAGAGAGAAAAGAUGAAACGAUUACACUUUCAGCUUGGAAGAUUUCACACGAAGGAAGAAAGAAAGAAGAUUCUCGAAAGGGAAAAGACGAAGAAAUUGAUGAGGUUGCAACAGAAGAUGAUUGAAAAAGCACAUCCAUCUGAGCAGGUAUUAUCGGUUGACUAAUGCGACAUGACGAGUCUUGAACUUCAGGUAAUCUAUCAGAUGUCACAGCAGAAACUGGCUCGUCAGAAGGAUUCGAUGGUGAUGGACGAGUUCGUGACGACGCGGGAGGUGCUUUCCAGUCGAACUCGGCCCGACGGAAUCCACGGAGUCGUCUCCGUCACCACCGUCUGA